AUGGCCGAUCCGCUGAGUUUGCUGCGUCAAUACAAUAUCAACAAGAAAGAAAUCAUCGAACGCGAUGGGCAGAUCAUAUUUGGAGAAUUCAGCUGGCCGAAAAACGUGAAAACCAACUAUCUAAAAUAUGGUUCUGGAAAGAAGGGUGCACCGAAGGAGUACUAUACGCUCGAGUGUUUGUUAUACAUUCUUAAAAAUGUGGGUCUUCAGCAUUCGGUGUAUGUCCGGCAGGCUGCCGCCGAGGACAUACCGGCCGUCAAUCGUCCAGAUCGAAAGGAGCUGCUGCAAUAUCUCAACGGCGAGACGAAUACUUGUGCCAGUAUCGACAAAAGUGCCCCGUUGGAAAUUCCGACGCAAAUCAAGCGUCCCGCCGAAUCGGAUGGAUUGGAUAGCCUGGCGAAAAAGGCCCGGUAUGAGGAUACGCAGGUGCAGAAGGUGAAGGAACAGCUAGCGGCUCGAUUAGAUGUGAACAAGAAGGAAGCAUCGGUGAACAUAGAUAACAUUAAGUCUCUUUCGGAAACGAUGUCAGUGGAGAAGAUUGCUGCCAUCAAAGCGAAACGUUUGGCAAACAAGAAGGUCACAAUCAAACGUACCGACAAUGACGAUGCAAUGGGUGUGGGACCAGAUUUGCGUGUCAUUCUCGACUUCGACGUCGAUUCAACGAAGGAUAUCGUGAGCCGCGAGCGACAAUGGCGCACGAGAACGACCAUCCUGCAAAGUAACGGUAAAAUAUUUGCCAAAAACAUUUUCGCCAUACUGCAGAGCAUCAAAAACCGGGAGGAAGGUCGAGGUCGUCCUCAGGCACAGCCGAUCAAGCUUCCCGAACCUCCCCGUGUCAUUCGGCCCCAGCCUCAACCGACCCAAUAUAAUCGUUACGAUCAGGAACGGUUCAACAGGCAGAAGGAGGAAACGGAAGGUUUCAAGAUCGAUACCAUGGGUACGUACCACGGUAUGUCGCUGAAGCUGGUAACGCAAGGCUCGGCCGGCCAGAACAAGGCCCAGCAAAACAGUCUAAACAACAACAACAGUAGCAGCAACAACAACCUCUCGGCCAACAUGCCUCCGGGAAGGCCGAAGGAGCUGAUUCCAACGGCACAGGCACGGCUGCUGGCACAGAAUGCGGCUAACAAGCGGACAUCGCGUACACCGAUUAUUAUCAUACCGGCCGCGACGACCAGCCUGAUUACGAUGUACAAUGCUCGGGAUGUGCUGCAAGAUCUGAAGUUCGUCACUACGGACGAAAAGAAGAGAGGUGGUAGCUCGCGUGAAAACGAAGUGCUCAUUCAGCGACAGAAGGCGGGUAACUUGACCGUACCGUACAGGGUGAUAGACAACCCAUCGAAACUGACCGCGCACGAUUGGAACCGUGUGGUGGCCGUAUUCGUUAUGGGACCGGCGUGGCAGUUCAAGGGCUGGCCGUGGGAUGGAAAUCCGGUGGAGAUAUUCUCGAAAAUCGCCGCUUUUCAUCUACGGUACGACGAUCUCAAACUGGACGCGAAUGUGGCUAAAUGGGCUGUGACGGUGCUAAACAUCUCACGAACCAAGCGCCAUCUGGACAAAGCAUGCCUGAUGGCAUUCUGGGAGAAACUGGACCUUUACAUGACCAAGUACAAACCGGACCUCCGAUUCUGA